AUGCCCAAAAACCGCGUUAUCAGCCCCAUUCACCCCCGAUGGAUCUCCCCCACUGGUCCACUGUGGUUCUCGGUUCUUCAUAACGCACACCGCUUCAUCGCCACAGCCUAUCUCCAGAUUUCUUUGACCCCAGGAAAUUUCCCUUCUCUCCGACGGAUCCCCCGGGAGAUCCUCCCAGUGUGGCGCAAAUGCGAGACUGACAACGGAUCCGGCACUUAUCUAGAGCAGCUACCAGACUUGUUCGCUUUUGAUUCGGUUACACAACGAUAUCACUGA